CAGCCUGUAAUCUCAGCCACACUGUUUGGCUAUACAGUGUCUAAUUUCAACACAAGGAGACACAGACUAGGAUCACUGUCAUCUGUUUUCCUCCUGGCUUCUGUGUUUUACAGGGGAUUUAUUUCUGAUUUGAACAAUUCUUUACACAGAAAAAGGGCUAGGCAUUAGCAGAAGGAAGCAGCAUACAGGAUACAAAAGUAAUGCUUUAUGAGAAUACUGAAGCCAAAUUGUUUUUUAUGAACACCCAUAAACAGGGAAGCCUAGUUGGCAUUUCUGAUUAGGACCAUCAGACCAGGCAGACAGACAGACAGACUGACAGGCGAACAGGACUCCCAGGAGGACACGUUGUUGGAGGAACUGAAAAAAACGUAACACUAGAGUAGACUUCCCCGCCAGUUGACAUGCUGCGUUCUGAGCUGCAGUGGGAGGUGCCCAUGUGGGUGUCACUGCCGACUGAGAUCCUGAACCCAGAGCUGGUUUUCCCCUUCCUGGACACCACACUGGCACAGCUGGGCAUUGAAAAGUCAGCUGUGAAAGAGCGGGUUGUGUGGGUGGACUCCAAGAGGACCCGGGUGCGGAAAAAAUCAGGGAAGCUGAAGGAGAAGGAGGUCGUGGUUCUGGAGGUACGGGUCAAGGCCCAGCAGCCUGGGAAUCCUCAGACCCAAGAGAUUCUGUACAGCACUGAGAGCCACACAGACCGGUCCUACUGCCGCAGCUCUGUGGCUGUCCAGCCUUGGAAACUAACGCAGCCAGAGAAUGACAACCAACCAGUGGAAUUGAUUUUUGCUAUGGACAUAGAGGUACAGCCAAAAUGGAAGAAGACUGAAGAAAAACAGGAAGUGUGAGGAGUGAUGAAACCAAACCAAUCUGAUUAUCGAUCUGUAAUAUAUUCAAGCAAAGCACAGUAUUAGCUAGCCAUGAUUAUCUUUUCAUUAUAAAAUGGACAUCAUAGUGAAACAUUAUAGUGAAAUUAGUGCGAAGGUGGGGCUUUGUCCCACAUUCACAUUGUGACACAAAACCCUGAUUUCAAUGGCUUCUCAGUAGUAUUUGUGUAAGAGUAACAGAUUAUGUUUUGCAUUCUCAAUUAGUUCCGUUUUGCAUUGUUUUGAAUUUGCAUGUAAGUGACCCUCAGCAUUUUAAUGUCUUCUUUUGUAAGUUGUAAAUGGAAUUAUAACUCCUCUUGUACAGCAGUUAGACCCUCUUAGGCCAAUUUAGCAGCAUAACACACAUGUAACUACAGCUUAUUUUCUCCUCUGAAUAAUGCUGAAUACCAGAGUGUUGUAAGAUCUUCUUUCUCUGUGUGUAAAUAUACUAGAUCCUCAGUACAUCAAUUUCAAAGGACUGUUAUGAUAUACACACAUGGGAACCCCAUUGGAUUUUUAUGUUGUUAAGAUGGAGAAAGCUGCUUAGAUAUUUCAUACUAAGAAACAGCCGGAACAGCCAGGAGACUAACAGUAAAAAGCGCAUCUGGGUGCCUUUUUUAUUGAAUGCAUGUUAAGAUGUGUGCACUGGCAAUAAACACUAUGAAGCGGGUUAUACCCACA